CUCUCGCCCUUGAUGAGCUGGCGCGGAGCCCUGUCGCGACGGCUGGCCGGCUCCCCAAGAGCGGCGGCGAUCGCUGCGAGCGGCGUCGCUGGCUGGCUCGGCUGCGCCGGCUACCCCACGCUCGCCGAGCCUGCGAGCGCAAAGCGGGUGGAUGAGUUGACGCUGCGGGUGCCGCCGCGGCUGGCGGCGGACUUUGAGGCGUGGCUGCCCUCGUACGUGAAGCAGCUCGUCGAGCUGCCCGGCUUCCUUGGCGCCAAGCUCCUCUCCGCUGCGACACCCGCUGACGAGGCUCCGGCGGUCGUCUUUGUGCUCGGCGGCCCGGGUGCCGGCAAAGGGACGCAGUGCGCUAGGAUCGUGGAGAAGCACGGGUACGUGCACCUGUCGGCGGGCGACCUGCUGCGCGCGGAGCGAACGUCGGGCUCGGCGCAGGGGCAGAUGAUCGACGAGUACAUCCGCGAGGGCAAGAUUGUCCCUGUCGAGGUGACCGUCAAGCUGCUGCUCGACGCCAUACGCGCAGACGGCGGCCGCCGCUUCCUGGUCGACGGCUUCCCGCGCAACACAAACAACCUGUCGGGCUGGCAGGGGCAAGCGGGCAGCGCGAUGCGAGUCGCGGCCGUGCUCGUCUUCGACUGCCCCGAGGAGGUGAUGGAGGAGCGGCUGCUCGAGCGCGGAAAGACGUCUGGCCGCUCCGACGACAACGCGGCUUCGAUCCGCAAGCGCUUCGCCACUUUCCGCGACGAGACGACGCCGGUGCUCAAGUACUACGAGCACCAAGGUCUGGUCACCACCAUCGACGGCACGCGGCCGGUGGACGAGGUGUGGGCCGACACCACGGCCUUCAUCGACUCGCUCGAGGCUGGCUGGCGGCGACGCGAGGAGGCGUGAACAGCGUCUCUUCACACCCGCUGCUGUGAAUAGGCGGGGCUCGCAGGCGGCGACGCCCUGUACGCGGUGCAUGUAUACUCCAGUGCCAGCGAGGCGCCGUUUGUGCGAGACGUGCCUGCGAAGGUGGCGGCCGAAGUCGCGGCCCGCUGGGGGGUGGCGGUGCAGGUGGAGGGGCGAUCGCUCAAGGUGGACCGGUCCGUCAAGCCGUACGACCUGCAGGCGCUGCGCUCGUUUGAUUGAGGCGUCGCGGCACGAGAGGAGCGGAGCCGGCUGGUCUAGCGCCGCCGGCUUGUACAGUGCCGCCGGGUCGGUAUAGCCCCAUGCGGAGCCGUAAACGGCGAGAGGCAGAGCGCGGGGGGCUCAAAGUCGCGAGAUAAUUGACGCGAGAUUCUCUUCCCGACGGUGUCCAAGUCCAACUGCGCCAGGUACCGUUGCUGCUUGCUCUCAACGAGAGGGUUUUAUCGCGCGCGUGCUCUGGCUGAGUCUGCCAGACACCAUUCUCGGCGCGCGCGCGGACCGCGGUCAUUGGACAUUGCGCAGCGAGUCACAAUACAAAGACCAACACGCUAAAGCCUAAUCCCUAACUUUUUCAAGCAUGCCUCGUGCGGAUUCGG